AUGUUUAGAAAAUUAUUCCCUGGAAAUUCUCGAUCUGCUGCAAUAUCCACAACCACUGCAAAUAUUCGAAGGACAUCAAUAAGCGUUAGUGUAAUACAUCGAGUUCAUUUACAACAGCAAUCUAUCCAAUCAAAUCAAAGAAAAAUUCUUUAUGAAAUGCUUAAAUCUAAAGCUUUUUUUGUUCAAGGAUUUUAUAUGUCUUUAUCUUUAUUAGCUCGUUAUUCUGGUUUUCAUUUAAUUCCAUUAUUUUGUUUGUUUUUGUAUGGUAAUGGAGUUCAAUCAAUUAAUGAAAGGGCAACAAUUAAUGUUAUGGGAAACGUUUUAAUUUUGGUAAGUGUUAAAAUUUGGAAUCCAAAUUAUAGUCUUUGGGGUUAUGCCUUAGUUUGCUUGGAAUAA